CAGGUUUUUUUUGUUUUGUUUUUUUUGAGUGAGAAUCACUGCGUCAUUUCAAAACCUCGUCACAGGUGUUUGAGCCAGCAUCCUUAAUCCUUACAUGAGGAACUUCCUGACAGCGCUACUUGAAGAUAAAAACACUCCGAGAACACAGAUGACCUACUGCACUACAUCUUUAUUUUAGAUGACAUUUUAUUUUGAUCUACAUCAGCAUAAUGAUUUCAUUUAUCUUCUUUUUACUCUUGAAAGGUGUGUCUGGUGCUGAAGAUGCAGUGAAGUCAGUAUCAGUGACGGAGGGAGAUUCAGUCACUCUAGAUGCUGGUCUUAUUGAAACACAGAGAGUUGAUCUGAUACUGUGGACAUUUGGACCUGACAGCACUCGUAUAGCUCAAAUCAACAAAAUGAUCGAUAUGGUCUCAUUAUACAACAAUGCUCUUGAUGGGAGAUUCAGAGACAGACUGAAGCUGGAUGAUCAAACUGGAUCUCUGACCAUCACAAACAUCAGAGCUGAACAUGCUGGACUUUAUGAACUACAGAUCUUUGGCGGAAAAGAGGUCCCACCCAAAAAAUUCAGUAUUAUUGUUUCUGCUCGUCUGCCUGUUCCUGUCAUCAGCAGAGACUGUUCUUCAUCAUCAUCAUGUUCAUUGGUGUGUUCAGUGAUGGAUGUGAGUCAUGUGACUCUCUCCUGGUACAAAGGAAACAGUUUAUUGUCCAGCAUCAGUGCGUCUGAUUUCAGCAUCAGUCUCUCUCUACCUCUGGAGGUGGAAUAUCAGGAUAAAAACACCUACAGCUGUGUGCUGAACAAUCCCAUCAGCAACCAGACUCAACAUCUGGACAUCAGUGAACUCUGUCUGUCAUGUUCAGUGGAUGACUCGACGAUCACAACAGAAAAUGGUUUAUCAUCCAGUCAUUUAGCGCUGAUCUGUGUCUUUGUUGGAGUAAUUGUCCUAGUCGUUGCUGCUGUUGGGAUGAUCGCUAGCCACAGAAAAUACAGAAAUACAAAUCAAAUGGCAGGCCGAAGUCCUGGGCAAGACACUGAGCUGAGGAAUGUUUGUUCAGCUGAUGAGGUCAUUCUGGAGAAAGUUGAACUGAAGACGGUGUCGGUGACGGUGGGAGAGUCUGUCACUCUAAACACCGGCGUCACUGAAAUACAAAGCUUUGAUGUGCUGCAGUGGAGGUUUGGAAAAUCAGGCACAGAUCAAACAAAUCCGUUUGUUGUCAUUUCCAGACUGAAUGACCUGAACAAUAGUGAUUGUCACGACCAUGAUGAGAGUUUUAGAGACAGAAUACACCUGGAUCAAAACACUGGAUAUCUCACAAUCAGUGACAUCAAACCUACAGACUUUGGAGUUUACAAACUAAAUAUCACCAGGAAUGGACAAAAUAUGAUCUCCAAGACAUUUCUUGUCCAAGAUUCCUCAGAAAGCAGAGAAGAUGCAUCAGAGGAGACAAACUCACUGUUGAAGAACGGACAGAUCACUGAAAGCACGUGUCUAUAGUGACAUUAUCCCUGUGUGCUUUUACAAGCCUUUAAAUCGAUCAAAUGUGUUUGAAAUGAAUGCUUCAUACCUGUGGAAGGUAUAACGGGAAAGGGUUUGUUUUAACUUUACACUAACAUGUUUUUUGGUUAUUUUAAUGUUGAUGAAAUGUAUUACCAUUAACAGUGAUCUUGUCUGUUAUGCAGAUAUUCAUUAUGUAUAUUUCAUGUCUGUUACAUUUUAUGUUGUCAGUUACUGUUUUGAACAGUGUUAAAGGGACGGUUCACCCAAAAAUGUAAAAUUCUGUCAUCAUUUACUCACCCUCAAAUUGUUCCAAACCUGUAUGAAUUUAUUUGUUCUGCUGAACACAAAGGAAGAUAUUUAGAAGAAUGUUUGUAACCAAGCAGAUGACUUGGUUACAAACAUGACAGAAGAACUGACAGUCCUCUGGAGACACAACGACACCAGGAAUGUGUAUGAUAUUAGCCAUGGAGAAGUUUCUGUAAAGGAACAAGAUCCUAAUAGUUAUAAUUUUUACUCCUAAUUUUUUUAAUAAUUCAAGAGCAGUUCAAGGAACUCGGUGAAAUCAGGAAGUGCUGUCGAGCAGAUCUUUAGUGUGAAAAUGUGCAAACUUUCCUUCUAAUUCACCUUUGAAUGAUCUAGCUGGUCUGACCAUAUAAUCCAAUACUUUUUCCUAAAAAAUGUUCUUUUAAUUAUAAAAACAGUUUUGUUACUGCCUUUUAACAGUCCCAAAUAUAAAAUCUUCUGCACAGUGCUGUUACUUCAGCUUCUUG